GACCGGAAGUGAUGCAGCGUCAUUAGGCCUAGCUUGUCAGUGGUGUGAAGAUGGCGGCGCACAGUCGCACUCAGCUGCUGUCGCUGCUGUUGUCGUCGUUGCUGUGUCUCUGCGGCGUCGGCUCCGUCCUCGGCUUGAAAGCCGCCAGCGGCCCGGCCGAGCCGCCCAACCCGCCCGUCCUGAGAGCCGCCGAUCCGCCGGUCAAAGAUGCACCUGUCGCCGCUGCUGCUGCCGCCGCCGCCGCUGGGGCCUCACAGCCUCGAAGGGCGACCGGUUGGAAGCUGUCGGAGGAGGAGGCCUGCCGGGAGGACCUGACCCGCCUCUGCCCCAAACAUACCUGGACCAACAACCUGGCCGUGCUGGAGUGCCUGCAGGACCGCAGAGAGGAAACUGAGAUUUCUCCUGACUGUAACCAUCUCCUGUGGAACUACAAACUUAAUCUGACCACAGAUCCAAAGUUCGAGUCUGUGGCCACGGAGGUCUGCAAGAGCGCCAUCGCUGAGAUAAAGGAGUGUAACGAGGAGGAGCGCGGCCGCGGCUACCUGGUGUCCUGCCUCGUGGAUCACCGCGGCAACAUCAGCGAGUACCAAUGUAACCAGUACAUCACCAAGAUGACCAGCAUCAUCUUCAGCGACUACAGACUGAUCUGCGGCUUCAUGGACAAAUGUAAGGAAGACAUCAACAACCUGCGCUGCGGCAGCAUCAACGUGGGACACAAGGACCUCCACUCCCAGGGCGAGGUGAUCGUCUGUCUGGAGAAGGCGUUGGUGAGGGAGGCGGAGCAGCAGGAGCACGUUCGACCAAUCAAAGAGGAGUGUCAGAGGGCCAUCCUGCGGGUGGCCGAACUGUCGUCAGACGAUUUUCACCUUGACCGACAUCUUUACUUCUCCUGCCGAGACGACCGCGAGAGAUUCUGCCAGAACAUUCAGGCAGGAGAAGGGAAAGUCUACAAGUGUCUGUUCAAUCACAAGUUUGAGGAGGCCAUGUCAGAGAAGUGCCGCGACGCUCUGACUGUCCGUCAGAAGCUGAUCUCUCAGGACUACAGGGUCAGUUACUCUCUGGCUAAAGCCUGUAAGCUGGACCUCAGGAAGCAGCGCUGCAGCCUGGACACCAACCUGCCGCGAGCCCGCGAGGCCCGCCUGUCGUACCUGCUGCUGUGUCUGGAGGCUGCUGUGCACCGCGGUCAUCCGGUCAGCGGCGAGUGUCAGGGGGAGAUGCUGGACUACCGGCGGAUGCUGAUGGAGGAUUUCUCCCUGAGUCCGGAGAUCGUGCUGCACUGCCGCACGGAGAUCGAGGCUCACUGCUCGGGCCUGCACCGCAAGGGGCGCACGCUGCACUGCCUGAUGAGAAUUGGACGCGGCGACCGCAGCACCACGGUCGACAGCAUCUGCCAGAGCGCCCUGCAGACUUUGAUCCAGUCCGCCGACCCCGGGGCUGACUACCGGAUCGACCGAGCGCUCAACGAGGCCUGCGAGUCCGUCAUCCAGACCGCCUGCAAACACAUCCGCAGCGGAGACCCAAUGAUCCUGUCGUGCCUGAUGGAGCACCUGUACACAGAGAAGAUGGUGGAGGACUGUGAACAGCGGCUCUUGGAGCUGCAGUAUUUCAUCUCCAGAGACUGGAAGCUGGACCCCCUCCUGUAUAAGAAAUGUCAGGGCGACGCCGCUCGACUGUGUCACACGCACGGCUGGAACGAGACCAGCGAGCUGAUGCCGCCGGGCGCCGUCUUCUCCUGUCUGUACCGCCACGCCUACCGCACAGAGGAGCAGGGACGCCGGGUGAACCCAGACCAGCAGCUGUCUAGGGACUGUAAGGUGGAGGUUCAGAGGAUCCUCCACCAGAGGGCGCUGGAUGUGAAGUUAGACCCUGAGCUGCAGAAACGCUGCAUGACCGACCUCGGCAAGUGGUGCAGCGACAAGACGGACACUGGACAGGAGCUGGAGUGUCUGCAGGACCAUCUGGAGGACCUGGGGUCUGCCUGCAGGGACGUCGUGGGCAACCUGACCGAGCUGGAGUCCGAGGACGUCCAGAUUGACGCUCUGCUCAUCAGAGCCUGCGAGCCCGUCGCUCAGGCCCACUGCCACGAUGUGGCUGAUAACCAGAUCGACACAGGUGACCUGAUGGAGUGUUUGGUCCAGAAUAAACACCAGAAGGAGAUGAAUGAGAAGUGUUCGGUGGGCGUCACGCACUUCCAGCUGGUGCAAAUGAAGGAUUUCCGGUUCUCCUACAAGUUCAAGAUGGCCUGUAAGGAGGACGUUCUCCGCUUGUGUCCCAACAUCAAGAAGAAGGUGGAUGUGGUCAUCUGCCUGAGCACCACAGUGAGGAACGACACGCUGCAGGAGGCCAAGGAGCAGCGGGUGUCACUGAAGUGUCGCAAACAGCUGCGGGUGGAGGAGCUGGAGAUGUCGGAGGACAUUCGGUUGGAACCUGAGCUGUAUGACCCCUGCAAGUCCGACAUCAGUCGUCUGUGCCCCAACGUGGCCUUUGGUAACGCUCAGAUGAUCGAGUGUCUGAAGGAGCAGAAGAAGCAGCUCAGCCAGCGCUGCCACCAGCGGAUCUUCAGGCUGCAGGAGGUGGAGAUGAGCGACCCCGAGCUUGACUACCAGCUGAUGAGAGUCUGCAAGCAGAUGAUCAAGCGGUUCUGCACUGAGGCGGAUGCCAGGAACGUCCUUCAGUGCCUGAAACAGAACAAGAACAGCGAGCUGAUGGAUCCCAAGUGCAAACAGAUGAUCACCAAGAGACAGAUCACCCAGAACACGGACUACAGGUUGAACCCCGUGUUGAGAAAAGCUUGUCGAGCCGACAUCCCGAAGUUCUGCCAGCCCAUCCUGAACAAAGCGAGUGAGGACAGCGAGCUGGAGGGUCAAGUCAUCGCCUGCCUCAAACUCAAAUACGCAGACCAGAGGUUGUCUCCAGACUGUGAAGACCAGAUCAGAGUGAUUCUCCAGGAGUCGGCACUGGACUACAGACUGGACCCUCAGCUCCAGAUGCACUGCUCAGAUGAGAUCUUCAGGUUGUGUGCGGAGGAGGCAGCAGCUCAGGAGCAGACCGGUCAGGUUGAAGAGUGUCUGAAAGUCAACUUGUUGAAAAUCAAACAGGACGCCUGCAAAAAGGAAGUCCUGAACAUGCUGAAGGAGAGUAAGGCGGAUAUCUUUGUGGACCCGGUCCUCCACACGGCCUGCGCUCUGGACCUGAAACACCACUGUGCUGCCAUCACACCCGGCAGAGGGCGACAGAUGUCGUGUCUGAUGGAGGCGUUACAGGACAAGAGAGUUCGUCUGCAGCCUGAGUGCAAGAAAAGACUCCAGGACCGCAUCGACAUGUGGAGCUACGCUGCGAAGGUGGCGCCAGCGGAGGGCUUCUCAGACCUGGCCGUGCAGGUGAUGACGUCGCCCUCCAAGAACUACAUCCUGCUCAUGAUCGCACUGAGCGUGUGCGUCCUGUUCCUGGUGGGGCUGCUGUGCGGUCGGAUCACCAAGCGAGUGACGAGAGAACUGAAGGACCGGUAGAGAACGACGGCUUCAGAAAAGACUCCUCGCAUCUUCCUCUUCCUCUUCCUGUUCCUCCUCCACUCCCAGAUGUCCCGUCUGUAACCAACCAACCCGCACAGUGCCAACAUCUGGAUCUCACAUCUGUUUAUUAGCUGCUGCCCCGACUAUCACAAAAAACCCUUAAAUCUCCAUUUGGGCAUCUCCAAACGCCGGGGAGCACCUGAUCUGAUUGGAACGUUUUGUUCUUGAUGAUUUUUCCUCUAAGAAAUCUGCUUUUUUUUGCCGAGGACUUUGUUUGGGGUCGGACGUGAGGUCAUCCGGCGUCUUUUAAGUUUGUAAAACAGCGCUGUUCACGAUGCGACUGAGGGCUGCUGCUUCUGAGGUUAGGAUCGCUUCCCGCUCGUCGAGUCCCGAUGCUUGUUGUUUUGUAUUCAGUGGGGACCGGAGCGUGUAGUGCAGCAGGACUUUGUUUCGUUCAAAGUGACCGCGGCUGCCUGAAUCGCACACUGAGCAGCUUGAAAUCUUGAGGCAAAACUUUGGGGUUGAAUUCCUGUUGCUUUUCAACAUUUUCACACCCAUCGUGAACUCCCGUCCUCCUGAUGGAACCCAGCUCGACUCGCGGUACGACUCCCUGCCAUCGGCUGCUUGGACCGUGAAGAUUCUCCCAGAUGUUUCCACCUGGAGCCCCCAGUCCCUCAUCUCCGUUGCCUUUAAUGAGCCAACACAGUCCGUCGCAGAACACACAGAGGCUUUCUUUUGUACCUGAAUAACCCAGUUUGCUUUGUUCUGCGAGGAGUUGAUUGUUAAUAUGGAUACAGCAUUUAAACACAAGACGUUUGACUUAAGACGAAGACUUUAUUUUUUCUGCAUAGGAAGUUGCUUUUCCUCUAAAGCACUGAGGGCACCAAACAGGUCAAAACACGCUAUUAAACCUGCAGCCGCUAACCCGCCCGCCGUCGCUGACCGGAGGCGCCGAGAUUCCAUUUAAACGUUUAUUUUAACCCUUUGUGCAACUGUUAGACUGUUGGGUCAGAACUCGUCAGGAUCAGCAGACGGUUUCACGCCCUGACAACCGUCAUGUACGUUUUCAAAUUCUUUAAACAUAUAAGGCUACUCGGUGUCUUUUCUUUUAAAUGUAGCGCACAAAGGCCGUAUGGGCAAAAUUAAAUAACUUAUUUAAAUUUAUAAAACUAACAGCUUUUUAUUGGUUUUUGUCAUCUUCAGACGUGCGACUGGACGAAGGCGGGGAGGAAAAACAACUCAUGUGUGCCGCUUUUGAUUCCGAUAAACGAUAUUCAGUGCUCGUUUUGAUCGAUUUGCAGUUUAGCCUUGAAAUCGUGACUCUUGUGUUAUUUUCUCUGCAAGCCUUCGCUUAACGUUUCUGACCCCGAUUUAACUCUUUGAUGUUUGUUUCCACCGACGUCUAAAAAGUCAGAUCCUGCAUGGAAACAAACAGUAGGUAAACUUGACACUCGAGCCAAAAACAGUCUGAAAAGUCAGAGGUUAUGGUGACAGGGACAGUUUAAAGGGACAGUUCACCCCACAGUCACAGACACCACAGGCCUUGUUGUGAGCAGUUUUGUGUAGGAACUGUUUCCAUUUCACCAGAAAGAACAAAAUGCGCAGCCAUUCAGGGAUCGAAAGCAAGCUAACGUUAGCUCAGUUAGCUAACGAGUUAAUGGUUUCGAGCACAAGGUGUCCUUCUGCACAACGAUGCAGCAAAAAAAUAGUUCCUACACUAAGCUGCUCACAACUGUUAACUGGUGUCCGUAGGUGUGUGGGCCAGGCUAGCCGUUUCCCUCUGCCUCCAGUCUUUAGGCUAAGCUAAGCUAAUUAGCUGCUGGCUCCAGCUGCUGUAAACCCUCCUGUUCAGCACGAGCUCGCUCUGCCGCCCCCAAGUGGCCAAAAAUAAUAAUAAUAAUAAUAUUAAUCAGUUCAAGCAGCUGUAAGUGGUCAGGAGUGUCGAGGAGCCAGCAGUCAGGCUGAACUGAUUGAUAUCACAUGUACAUUUUCACUUCUGUCCUCCAUGUAUGUGACGCAUGUGAGCGAAGCGUCUGUACCGGGUCAGUCGCCUUUCAGCUGGCGGCCGCAUCCGUCAGUUAAAGGAACAGGACAAAAUAAAAUAAUCGUUAUUAUAUAGUAUAUACAAUAUUCUACAUUCAAGCCAUAAACAUGUUUUUGUUUCAGGCAAACGACUCAUAACUUUAACUGUAAACUAAAGACAUGCAGACGCUCUUCUGCGUUUUGAAUCGUUGAUUUGAGUUUGCACUUUAACCUGAUUUCCAUCGGCAGUGCGCUGAAGUUUGUCCGCCGACGCGCGCUGAUGACGCACUCGUCGCAUUUACUUUGUGAUUUUGGCUGCGUGUCGAUAUUUGUGAAUGAUUUAAAAAACAAAACAAAAACAGAAAAAAGCGAUGACACGGAUCAGAAGUGUAUACGCACGACAUCUUCUGCUCAUUUCCGACAGUGAACUGGAGGAUCCGGAGUGUGGUGAAGCCGAGGGCCGAGCUGAUCGGUCCACACACGGAAACAAACCGCUUCGAGCCGCUUUAAGGCGGCUUCACGCUCCUGGUGGCGUCUGCAGGUGUGACAGGAAGUAAAAGCAAAUGUCAUUGGCAGUUCCGUACGUAAGUCUCCGCGUGUACGAACCUCAUCAAUGUGCAGUUUUUUUCUUUUCACAUGACGCCAUGUAAUAUGAAGACGUAACAGGUUUAUCGUUGUGAGAUUUGAUUUUGCUGUACAGAUAAAAAUUUGUCAAUUUAAUAAAAACGUCUGCUGAUUUUCA